AUGCAAUCUAAAAGUGAUUCAACGCUAAGAUCAUUUACUCAGUCAAAAAACGAUACUAAAAAUAAUAAUAAUAAUUCAAGUGUUACACAAUUAAAACACUUUCAGUUACCAAAAUCAUUAUAUAUCAAUAACGCUUCUUCUCAUACCCCUCCUAAUGUUCACAUUGAUAUGAAAUUAAGCAUCGACACGAAUUACUCCAAUAUUCGUAACAUUAUUCUUUCAGAUUACAAUAGAAAAUUGAAAUAUCAAUGCAACACUAUUCGUCAAAUUAUUAAUAAUAGUAAUGGUGAUAAAAUUUCAGAUAGUUUCACCAAUCUGCCAAAUGAUUAUAAUUUAUUGUACAAAAAUCGUUCAGCACCCACAAAUGAACGACAAUUUCCAUUGUAUAUUGAUGCAUCAGCUUGUACCAGUAAUAAUAAUGUUUAUGAUGAACCAUCCAUACCAGAAUAUAGUUUGUGUAAUGAAAGUUUUUUAUCAGCAUCCAAACCAGAAAAAUCUGGAAUGGGAAAAUUAUCUCCCCAUACUACAUUUUAUCAACACCAUCAUAAGACUAACAUUACUAAUCAUGGUAAAUUUGAACAAAAUGCUCUCCUUACAAGACCAUGUCAUCGACCUACAGAACAAUCAAACAGUUUCGAUGAUCGUUUAACUAUGCAUGCAAGACCUCCUGAUUUGAUUAAGAAAAAGCCGCUUAUCGAUUUGCCUGUCUCAUCAUUAUCUUCGUCGACUAGAAUAGUGGAAUCAUCCAACCAUGUCAUGUCACCUUCAUUAUGUAAUAAUCAUUUGAAUAAGAAAUUAAUGUCGAAUGAAAUUGACCGUUGUGAAUCAAUAAUGCUCACAAUUUACUUGAUUGAAUUGGACAAAGUCGAUAAUCAGUCAAACCAAUCAUUAUCAUCAUCAUUAUAUUUAUCCAAUAUUCCACAAGAGAAAAUCUAUUCACUACCUAUUCAUAAAGGGAAAGUAAGUUGGUGA